GAAAUCAUAUCCUGGCAUUGUUACAAAUUAUGAGUUGACAAAACAAUGCCUAGAGACAAACUAUUAUGGUGCAAAAAGGAUGACUGAAGCAUUUAUCCCCCUCCUUCAACUCUCUAAUUCACCAAGGAUUGUUAACGUCGCUUCUAUCUUGGGAAAGUUAAAGCUAUUGUGCAACAAAUGGGCAAUAGAAGUGCUAAGUGAUGCUAAUACACUGACAGAAGAAAAGGUAGAUCAAGUGGUGGAUGAAUUUCUCAAAGAUUUCACAGAGAAAUCAACAGAAUCCAAAGGAUGGCCAAGUUACCUCACAGCUUACAAAGUCUCAAAAGCAUCCUUGAUUGCCUACACAAGAGUUUUAGCUACCAAAUAUCCGAAUUUUCGAAUAAACUCUGUAUGUCCUGGCUAUUGCAAAACGGACGUGAACGUCAAUACUGGAUACUUAACUGCUGGAGAAGGUGCUGAGAGCUUGGUGAAACUUGCUUUGUUGCCAAACGAUGGACCUUCUGGCCUUUUCUUUUACAGAAAGGAGGUCACCUCUUUUGGUAGAAUUCAAUCGUUUCCUAUCAGUUUUAUAUACAUGACAAAAAUAAGAUGGAGAUACAUUUUAAAACUCACUCGAAUUUUGUUGUUUAAAUUCUGAAUUAUUCACUGCUGUUAUUUUGGGAUAGUGUCUCUCUUUGCCCUUUUCAUUAAAGGAUGUGCAUUCCUACUUCCUUAUGAGUAUUUUGUUGAUUUUUUUUCA